AUGUUUCCAGAAGAGCAAGAUGAUGAUGGAGAGAGAGAGUUCGGUGGAGGAACAUACAUAAAGAAAGGACCAUGGAGUGCUGAAGAAGAUGAGAUUCUGAUGAGACAUGUCAAGAAAAACGGUCCAAGAGAUUGGAGCUCCAUUCGGUCCAAAGGGUUGCUUCCUCGGACCGGAAAAUCAUGCCGGCUUCGAUGGGUUAACAAGCUUAGGCCAAACUUGAAGACAGGGUGCAAGUUCUCAGCAGAGGAAGAAAGAGCGGUGAUAGAAUUGCAGGCACAGUUUGGAAACAAGUGGGCCAAAAUAGCAACAUACUUAGAAGGAAGAACAGACAAUGAUGUCAAGAAUUUCUGGAGUAGCAGAAGAAAGAGGUUGGAGAGAAUGUUACAGAAACCAUCUCCAUCAUCAAAGCCACUUAAGAAUAACAAAGCAACAAAAAAAGCUCAUAUUCAUCAUCAUAAUCUACCACAAUUUGAAGAGGUUCCUUCAUGCAGUUCAAAUCAUCUGGAGGAAAACCCAUCGGAGAAGUUUCAGAAUCUGGAAGCACAGGAGGCCAUUCCACUACACAUGGUUCCAUCAUUCGAGUCUUCAUUAGAGUACUACACAUUUUCUCAAGUACUUCCCACUGAGUCCCACCAAGUGGACUAUGGCCUCUUGCCGCCGGUCUGCCAUGGCCUGGUCGAUCCAGAGCCAUUCGAUGCUGUCUUUUUUGAUGUUUUCGAACAGCACAAGGUUCCAGAAUAUGUGUGCAGCAGCAGCAGCAACAAAGGUGAGAGCAGAUUGCCAUGUCUUGCAUUGGGAGGAAUUGCUCAGAGUUCAACCCCAGCAAGUGGCUUCUUUGAGGACUUCCCAAGUGAGAUAUUUGACUAUUUUGAAGACAUUCCUGCUUCAUUAGAGAAAUGAACUGUUCAAUUGUCUUAAGUUUCUAUGUUCCAAUUUUAAUGCCAGAUGUGGAAAUUCAGA